AUGUUAUCUAAGAUCUCCUCGAAAUUAAACGAUAAUGCCAAACUAGUACCAUUGAUAUUUAUCGACACUUUACAUCAUUUCCCACAAACAUUAGACCUUUUAAAACGUGUCGAGGAAAAAUAUUAUACUCCAAGAGAUCAAAAAAUUAAUGUAUUCCAACCGAGAGACGCCACCACAGAGACUGAAUUCGCCAACAAAUACGGUGAUUUCCUUUGGGAAUCUGAUGAGGAUAAAUAUGAUUUCUUAGUGAAAGUGGAACCAGCUCAUAGAGCAUAUAAUUCAUUGGGCGUCACUGCUGUCUUCACUGGACGUAGGAAAUCUCAAGGUGCUGCUCGUUCUGAAUUACAAUUUGUGGAAAUUGAUGAAUUGAAUGGGAUUAUUAAGAUUAAUCCGUUGGCAAAUUGGGAUUUUAAUCAAGUUAAAAAUUAUAUUGAUGAAAAUAAUGUGCCUUAUAAUGAAUUGUUAGAUCUCGGGUAUAGAUCUGUAGGUGAUUAUCAUUCUACUCAACCUGUAAAAGAAGGUGAAGAUGAAAGAGCUGGAAGAUGGAAGGGUAAGACGAAAACUGAAUGUGGUAUCCAUGAAACAAGUAGAUUUGCACAAUUCUUGAAAGAGAGUCAAUGA